UUCCAUGGGCUUCUUGAGAGCGAUCAGCAGUCGCGAGGCGAUUCAACAUGGCGCUGGUAUUAGCGCUGCUGUUCGUCGUCGCGACGAUCAUGCUCUGCUGCUGCGCCGCGCAGCAAUCGCAGCCCCUCGUCCCUGCGGCAUUCAUCUUUGGGGAUUCGCUGGUGGACGUGGGCAACAACAAUCACCUGGCCGCGGUGGCCAGGGGCGACACGGCGCCGAAUGGGAUUGAUUUCCCGCUGGGAGCGACUGGGAGAUUCUCCAACGGGAGGACAGUGGUGGACGUCGUCGGGGAGCUCAUUGGAUUGCCUCUGGUGCCACCAUAUCUGGAUCCAUCCGCGAAAGGGAGCAAGAUCCUCCAGGGCGUGAGCUAUGCGUCGGGAGCAGCGGGGAUUGAGGAUGAAACCGGGGGAAACUAUGCUGAAAGGAUCACGUUCUGGAAGCAAAUCCAGUGGUUCGGCAACAGCAUCGGAGAGAUCAGCUCCAUGCUGGGUCCGUCCGCCGCAUCCAGCCUCAUCUCCCGCUCGCUCGUCGCGAUCAUCAUGGGCAGCAACGAUUACAUCAACAAUUACUUCCUCCCCUACACCCGGAGCCACAAUCUUCCUACAUCCACGUUUCGAGACACGCUCCUCUCGAUCUUCUCCAAGCAGCUCCAGGAGAUCUAUCGACUUGGCGCUCGCAAGAUCGUGGUGGCCAACGUUGGUCCCCUGGGUUGCAUCCCAUCGUCGCUCUUCCUCUACAACUCCACCACCGGGGGAUGCAUCGAGCCCGUGGAAGCCAUCGUGAGGGAUUUCAACGACGCGCUCAAGCCCAUGCUGGUGGAGCUCAACUCCCAACUCCCCGGAGCCACCAUCGUCUAUGGAAACGUGUACAACAUCUUUCGAGACGUCAUCGACCACCCAUCCAAGUUUGGCUUUGACUAUGGGAACCGAGGAUGCUGUGGAGCCGGGCCAUUCAACGGUCAAGUCCCAUGCCUGCCAGGUGGGCUGGUCAAGUACUGCCCCGACCGUACGAAAUACGUGUUCUGGGAUCCGUACCACCCCACAGAUGCUGCAAAUGUUGUGCUGGGCAAGCGGCUGUUUGAUGGGGGCCUGGACGAUGCCUCCCCAAUCAAUGUGCGCCAGCUGUGUCUUUUGUGAAAUAAUUGAUUCUUUUAAUAAAGGUGGAAAUCAGGCUGUAAGCA